GGUGGUUCAUCCUUAUCGACGGAUCUAUGCCAAGAACAGUACCCCUGACGCAGAUCAUGGAGAUCACAUGCAUACCCCUGAUUCAUGACAUUGCCGACAGAAUGUCAAAAACAACGUCAAGCGAGAUCGUUCUUCAUGCCUUUUCCGCACAUAAAGAAGUACCAACAUCUACCACAAUGCCUGCUCUCCUUCCUUGCGGAAGAGUUAUCCACCAGUUCCGAAACUCCCUCAAGACCCCCAAAGUAACCCAGACCCAUGACAAAAUCCCAGUUCCUUCUCCAACAGAACAACCCCAUCACCACCAAAUACCAACCACACCUAGACCAUAGCACAAGCAAACCCAACUUUUACCACACAGUACUGCACUGCACUGAGCCCAUAUAUCCCGACAGAAUGUCCAACAUCUUCUUCUGGCUACCUAUGGAGGACCAGGCAAAGGUCUACUCCAUGAUGUGGCCCGGGAACUGGAAAAAGAGUUCCUCCUCAUCGCCGUCCCAGAGCAAGGACGCAUCUGGUUCUGGGCAAAAGAAGGAGGACAAUAGCAACAGCAGUAGCACCAGCGGCAGUGGGGAUUGGAAGAUGGAGGUGAAGGUUGAGACGGUGGAGUACAAGGGUAGUAGUGGGAAGUAA